AUGUUGAGCAUGAACAGACAUGACCAGGUGGUUGAAUCACCGGGUGCCGAUGUGCUUGAUCAUCAAGGGCUGGGCAGGAGCGAGUGCCUGGACGCGUUCAUCGUCGCGUUGAAGCAGGCUGGCGAUGGGCGAGCAAAGCGUUGGUAUGUAUCUACGCUGGAGCUACAGCUUGUGUCACUGGAGUUUUGUGGGGCUUGCAGAAGUGCCCUUAGCUUCGACGUGCAGAUCCAUCGACAAACGCCUCAUAGCUUGUGGUCUCCUCGCAAAUCACACGGGACACUCAAAAAGCGCAGCCGAGAGGCUUGCAUCCCGAGCCGAGUGCCGGCUGUGCAGGCUAAUGGUUGGAUGUGGGCACUUCCUAUGGAGAUUCUACUGCCGAGGUCUGCCACUGAGCUGCACCAAGUGUCAGAAAAUCGUCAACCAACGGGACCUUCAUCUGCAACAAGCCCAGGCCGCAUGGGUUGGUUUCAAAAGCUCACGCGGUUGAUGUUUUAUUCGGAAAGGUCCGUGAACUCGGUGUCGUGGCCUGCCUGCCUUCAGGAGCUGUCGUUUGGGGAUUUCUUCAACCAGCCCAUCAUCGGAGUCGCGUGGCCGGCCUCCCUGCAGCGGCUUUCGUUUGGUCGUGAGUUCAACCAGCCCAUCGUCGGAGCUGUAUGGCCAGUUGCCUUGUGGCACUUAUCUUUUGGUCCAAUGUUCAAUCAGCCCAUCAUCGGAGUCGCGUGGCCGGCCUCCCUGCAGCGGCUUUCGUUUGGUCGUGAGUUCAACCAGCCCAUCGUCGGAGCUGUAUGGCCAGUUGCCUUGUGGCACUUAUCUUUUGGUCCAAUGUUCAAUCAGCCCAUCAUCGGAGUCGCGUGGCCGGCCUCCCUGCAGCGGCUUUCGUUUGGUCGUGAGUUCAACCAGCCCAUCGUCGGAGCUGUAUGGCCAGUUGCCUUGUGGCACUUAUCUUUUGGUCCAAUGUUCAAUCAGCCCAUUAUCGGUGUCGUGUGGCCGGCUUCCCUACAAAGAUUAUCGUUAGGAUCGGGAUUCAACCGGCAUGUCGUCGGAGCCGUGUGGCCGCCCUCCCUGCAACAGCUGACGUUUUGGGGUACGUUCAACCAGCCCAUCGCCGGAGUCGUAUGGCCAGCCUCCCUGGAGCAGCUAUCGUUUGGGCACAACUUCAAUCGACCCGUUGUCGGAGUUGCGUGGUCGACCUCCCUGCUGCAGUUAUCGUUCGGAUAUCCAUUCAACCAUCCUAUCGUCGGAAACGUGUUUCCGGCGUCCCUGCAGCAGUUAUCGUUUGGAUUUUGUUUCAACCAACCCGUCAUCGGAGUCGUGUGGCCGGCCUCCCUGCGGCGGCUUUCGUUUGGUUGGAUGUUCAACCAACCCAUCGUCGGAGCUGUGUGGCCGGCCUCCCUGCAACACUUGUCAUUUGGGCGUAUCUUCAACCAGCCUGUGGUCGGAGUCGUGUGGCCGGCCUCCCUACGACGACUUUCGUUUACUUCUACAUUCAACCAGCCGAUUGUUGAUGUCGUGUGGCCGGCCUCCCUGCAACACUUGUCGUUUGGGCAUUUCUUUAACCAGCCCGUAGUCGGAGUCGUAUGGCCAGUCUCCAUGCAGCAGCUGUCAUUCGGGAUUGGAUUUGAUCAAUCCGUGGACGGAGUAGUUUGGCCGGCCUCGCUACGAAGUCUGACCCGUAUCGGACAUAGUCUGCUUUGACUGCUGUCGACGAACGCCGC